CUGCUGCGGGUGGGGCGGCAGGCGGGGGGAGCAGCAGCGGUACCAGCAGCGGUACCAGCAGCGGUGCCAGUGGUAGUACGACGACGACGCCGCCUGCUACGUUGCUGCGGGAGGUGCAUGGCGCGCUGCAGGGGGUGGUGGAUGUGGCCACGGGGCGGUGGGCCAAGCUGAUGGCGGCCAGGAGCGAUGUGCACAGCCGGCUCAAAGUGUACGAGUUUCGCGCGCUGCUGGGCGCGUGUGAGGCCUUCGCGGGGCUGCCGGAGCAGUUCGGGGUGCGGCAGGGGGCGGCACUCCGGCCCACACUGCAGGCGCUGUGUCGGGCCCACCUGGAGAGCACCCACGCGCGCUGCGCCAUGCAGCUGCAGCACCUGCUAGAGGCGGAGCAGUGGGUACCCGCGGAGGCGCCCGCCUCCUUCCAAACCAUCAUUGACAGGAUGGAGGAGCG